GACGAGGUCCGCGCGGCCUUUGAAGAGUUUGACACCGAUGGCUCGGGCUCGCUAGAGGUCAAGGAGCUGCAGCAGGCGCUCGCCCGCCUGGGCGUUGAGACAAGCUCAGACGCCGCACGACGCAUUCUAGACAAGUUUGACAAGGACGGCGACGGCACAAUCGGGCUCGACGAGUUUACGAAGCUGGUU